GCCGGCUCUAAUCCCCUUGUUCGUUGUGUACGGCGAGACAGUGACGUCUCGACAUUGGUAUACUCCUCUGUCGCUUUUAUUAUACCAGAAAGGCUCUGCGCUGGAAUUCUCUCCUGUUGACAUUCGGAAAAAGUGCCUGCGCGCUCGCUGCGGUAAGGGAAUAAAUGUCGUGGGCCGGUCGGGAGUUCAUGACAGCAUGUAAUAGGGGCCUGGCAGUAGGAGAGCAGAACGGGGCACGCACGGCGUCCCGAAGAGGCGUCGAGCACACAGUCGUCGGCCAUUGCUGUUGAGCGAAGCAGCGCUUUUCGUUUGUCUCGUGGCGAUCCGGCGCAAAAGAUAAAAAGUCUGUACCGGCAAAAAUAUAUCGUCGAGAUAACGCGGCCGAGAGUUAUGUCAGCUCGUGAGAAUGCUAUACGGAACUGCGCGGCGGUUACUGUGACGGCGGGCUCCGGGGAACGGGGUUACGUUGGCUGUGCUCGCGGCGGCGGGGUUUAAAAAAAAUUUGGUGAAAUUGCGUAAAAACGGUCCCGCGAAAUUACGGCCACGCUUAGCGGAAGGGUUAGAGGGCAAUAAAUAUCGUUGGCUAUGGGAGUUUUUAUUGCGUCUGCCCGGUACGCGAGAAGCGUCGUGUCUCUCUCUUUUUUUCACCUUUUUUUUCUCUCCUCGCUUUUUCGUUCUUGCCCUCGCUUCUUCGACUUCGUUCCGAGGGGGGAAAACGCGUUCUGUGUACGUGGAAAAUUGUGCGAUCAAGUGACAUUUGCAUUGUAGCGAAAUACGGACAAAAUAUUUUGAUCACUUGGUUAACCUCAUUUCAUGUAGAAUGUCGAGCAGCGGCGUGACGAGCGGUCCGGUAAGCCAAGUAUGCAGGCCGCACUUUCACAGUUCCGUACUUCAUCCGUGGCUACCGAGCACGAGUCCGGACACGUCGAAGCCCUGGGGCUUCCCGGCGACAACUGCCUCGAGCGGCGGCGCUUCUGGUGCCGGUGAGGACAAGCCCCAAAGUCCCUUAGGGUCCUCGUUACCGGCGACCUCGAGCAGUCUCUCGAGUCACGGUGGCGCCGCCAGCGGUCAUCACUUGUUCUCCUUUCCACCGACGCCACCCAAGGACGCCACCCCCGAUAGUAUUACGACGAGCACUAGCAGCACUACGAACAAUAAUAACAGCAGCAACGCGGCGAACAACAACACGAGCAGCAACAACAACGGGAGUUCUCUUGGUUUAGGCAGCGGCGCGAGCGAGUACCAGGCAGCGGUGGCGCACGCAGCCGUGAUGGGGGCCUUCAUGCAUCAUCAGGACGCCCUGAGUGCGACGUCGGGUAGCUCGUGCGACGUAAAGCCCUCGGUGAUGCUUGGACAUCAUCACGGGGCCUCGUCGCCGCCCCAUCAGCACAACGGGUCCAACGGUUCCGGUCAGGUGAAGCAGCGUGAAGGUAAUAACCAAUCGACGAGCUCAGUGAACCAGGCGACGAACCAGCAGGCGAGCGCCAAUCAGCAACAGCAGGACUACCAGAAUCAGGGCGCUACCUCUCCCAGGGACUCUUACGCGACGUCCCACCACACUUCCGGAUCCCAGUACGACCCGACCGCCGCCUACAACAUGUAUCAGCACCUACAGUAUCCCAGCCACCAUUCCCACAAUCCUCACAACGGCUCCUCCCUAUUCUCCGGAUCCCAUCACGCGACCACCGGGGUGCCCGGGGUGAGUCCGGACGCGAAACUCCUCGGAUCCCACGGGAACACCCCGAACUCGCCCGGUUCCCAACAACAGCAGCAGCAAAAGCCGAGGAACAAGUCCAGAACGUCCGCCGAGGGUCGCGAGUGCGUGAACUGCGGGGCUACGUCGACGCCCUUGUGGCGACGGGACGGCACCGGUCACUACCUCUGCAACGCAUGCGGUCUCUACUACAAGAUGAACGGACAGAAUCGACCGCUCAUCAAGCCUAAACGGCGCCUCUCCCUCCAGAGUGCUGCAAGACGGGCGGGCACCAGCUGCGCGAAUUGCAAGACGGCCACGACGACGUUGUGGCGACGGAAUCAAGCCGGGGAACCAGUUUGCAACGCGUGCGGACUCUACUACAAGCUGCACAACGUGAACCGGCCAUUGACGAUGAAGAAGGAAGGCAUCCAGACGAGGAACCGGAAGCUGUCGUCCAAGAGCAAAAAGAAGAAGGCUGGCGGCUGUCUGGGAUUGGGGGGUGUCAUGGGGGAUAUGAUUAAGGCUGGUGGACACCUGGACCUGGACAACAAGCCGUUCCAUUCCGGUUUUGGAUCUCCUAUGGGCACCUCGCAGCAUCAUCAUACGAUGCAUCCUGCCAUGCAGCAUUACAUGUACCACACGGGGGUUGGCGUCACCGGUGGUCUUCAUCAAGGAUUCGCACCCCCACCGGCACCACCUCCGAUUCACCCUCAUUCGCAUUCGCACUCUCAUUCUCAUCACAUGGCGAGUCUUCAGGGUCUUCAGUUGGCAGCCACGACGAAUGCUAUGACCGGUUGGCGAUCAGAGUACACAUGAAUUGCGAUCGAUCAGCAGCUCAGGACGCAGCCCACCACUCUGACAUAACCCAAGUAGAAAUUCUUGAGAGAUCGGGCCGAUCUCGUAUAUUGCUUCGAAUGGGAUCGGCCCGAUCUCUGUACAUAUGUAAAGUAUAUAUUAGGGCCAUCGCGCCCCGGCCCCAAGUACAAACGAGUCUUAUUAUUGUAAAUAUACUAUGAUAAAAGUCGGAAGUUCCGAGGAAGGUAGUAUAGCUGAAGAUUCUGUGCGUGAUUCCGUGAGCGAGUGAGUGCGUGCGUGUCUGGUUAGUGAGAGUGUAAAUGAGAGAGAGAGAGAGAGAGAGAGAGAGAGAGAGAGAGAGAGAGAGAGAGAGA